UGUUUUUCUGCUCAUCUGUUUUUACAGCCUGUUACAAGCAUAGUCGUCGUUCCUUGUUCAGAGCAGGAAGUAUCUUGAAUCAUGCAUUAGGUGAUGGACCUGCAACAUUUGUUCAUAAAAGAAUGACCCCAUUACAAGUUUCAGACCCUACAAAGUGCACUUCUUUUUUUGUGGAGCCAGUGCAGUGGAUGGAGAAUGCUCUUUUGGGAGUACUGGAUGGACAGCUUCUCUGUCCCAAGUGUAAAGCCAAACUGGGUUCCUUCAACUGGUAUGGAGAUCAGUGUUCAUGUGGUCGAUGGGUCACUCCUGCAUUCCAAGUUCAUAAGAAUAAGGUGGAUGAAGUGAAGCCUUUGUCAAUCCACAGAAGAUGAGAAAAGUCACAUAGACUGACAUUAAUUUAUAAAACCAAAUGUUAUUUUAUAAUUUAUGACGAUAUGCUUUGCUUAGGCUACUUUCACACUUGCGGCAGAGGAAUCCGGCAAAACGUAUGCCAACUGAUUGCAUUUUAAGCCUGAUCAGGAUCCUGAUCCGUCUUACAAAUGCAUUGCAAGAACGGAU